AUGAGCGUACCAGUCACUGGAGUGGCCGACAAUCACCCAGAAGAAGCAGGAUUUUUUGAAGGUGAUAUAGAGAUAGAACCAGGAGAAGAGCCAUAUUUGAGAAAUGCUGUUGCUAAUCACAGACUGCUCUGGCCACAUGGUGUUGUUCCAUGGACCAUCGAUUCAAUCCAUUCAAGACAAGCUUCUCACGUCCAGGUUUUCCACGAUGCCAUGAACGAAAUUAUGGAAAAGACAAAAGUAAAUGGAAAGAAAUGCAUUGACUUUCAACCACGCAAAGCGGAACAUGGAUAUAUGCAAUUUACUUACGGAAGUGGAUGCCACACACCAAUUGGCUAUCACAGUACACGCAGAUCUGACGUCACAUUAGGUACUGGGUGUCUACGUAAAGGAACAGUUAUGCAUGAAAUCCUUCAUGGUUUAGGAUUCUGGCACGAACAAAGCAGAGCAGACAGAGACAACUACGUCACUGUUCACUGGAAGAAUAUUCAAACAAGUCAUGCACGUAACUUUGACAAGUACCAAUUAGGCACCCAGAUUGAUCAUUUGGGUAUGCCAUACGAUUAUGGAUCAGUAAUGCAUUAUCCAGCCUUUGCAUUCGCCAUUGAUAGACACCAAAUGACCCUUGAACCUAAACAAAGUGGAGUUACCAUUGGACAAAGAGUAAGACUGAGCGAAACUGACGCCAAAGAAAUUCAGAUUUUAUAUGGUUGCAUACCAAGAGGAAGUGUUGGUUCAUUCACAUCUGCACCUGGCGCAACAACUCAAGCACCACAAGUUUCACACGUUUCUACACCAAAUCCUCACAUAACAAACCAAGCUGCAACAUGUUCCUUUGAUGCUGGUUUGUGUGGAUGGUUACAGUCCACAAGUGAUAAUAUUGACUGGAGAACUGGUAAAGGCAGUACACCAAGCCGAAACACUGGUCCACAUGCCGACCAUAGCGGAACUAGCGGAGGACAUUAUUUGUAUUUGGAAGCAAGUGGACAAACGAACAAAAACGCCAUCAUUGUGUCCCCACAAUACCAACCUGGAACUUACUGUUUCUCAGCAUGGUUUAAUAUGUAUGGUCAUGAAAUGGGCUAUAUUUAUUUUGAACUGCUUAUUGGGAGUAGGAAACAUGCGAUGAGGUCCUACCACGGUGACCACGGUGACAGAUGGAUACAUUUCCAGACUCAAAUUAAUGUUCAUGGAUCCCAUGCAUUCAGUUUCCAAAUUGAAGGUAGAACAGGAACUUCAUAUCACAGCGAUUUGGCAAUUGAUGAUGUAUCUGUCACACCAGGAGCCUGUAGUCAUGGUUAAAAUUAGGAAAUGGUUAUUAAAAUUAUUAAAAUUUCAAAUAUUAUCAAA